GCGUCUUAUCUUCUGUGGACACUCCAUGGUCCCCACGUCCUUCUAGUUUCUCUCACAGGCGCCACGCGUGCCGUUCGCUCUUUUCAAUCCACAUUCUUUUUUCUCCACAACGUCCUGCAUGUCAUCCCAGCAGGCAGACGUUGACACCAUGCACGGUUCUUCGUUGAACAGGCAUCACAGGCGCCACGGCGUCGCCUCGCUCCAAGAACGAGACCCUUCACUCCUUGGUCUCUCCAUCAGCAUCAACCUGCCCUCUAUCUCCAUUCCCAUUAUAGAUCCUCUCGUCACCGCUCUCAUUGGUGAUUUAUUUCCUACUCAUACAAAGACAACCGCUCCUGCGACGACGACGACGGCAUCGUCGUCAUCUGGUGGUAACAGUGGAGGCAGUGGCAGCAGCAGCGGCAGUAGCGGCAGCUCGAGUGGAAGUGGUAAUUCUGGCGGUAGCGGCAGCAGCUCGGGCAGUGGCGGUGAUGGCGGCAGCUCGAGUGGAGGCGGCGAUUCAGGCGGAGGCGGGAGCAGCUCGGGCAGCGGCGGUAGCGGGAAUAGCGGCUCGUCAGGCUCGGGAGACUCAGGAUCACCCGGAUCAGGAUCCAGUAACGGUGGGAACAGCAACAACGACUCCUCCAGUGGUUCGAGUCCCGAGCACGCUACGACCGGCGUUGCCGCCAGUUCUUCGUCGAUAGCAUCAGGUUCUGUUGCGCUGCCCGGUGGCUCCGCAACUGGCAGUAGCGCACCUUCGACCACCUCAAUUACUGGUUCCGCAUCUCCCGUGAGUGGCACGGACGCCUCGAUCGCUUCUGGCAACGCCGAAGUUGGCAGUGCAAACAACGGUGCUAUUCAGACCGUGACACCCCAAGUUGAGAAUUUUGCCGCUGCUCCUGCGGUCAGUAGCCCGAGCCCUACCGUUGUUGGGGCCACACAAACUGCGGCUAGUUCUCUGGGUACGGCCGCCGCUCCUUCGAACUUGGGCAACACCGGCAGCAACGGUAGCAACGGUGGCUCUACGUCCACCAACCCGUCGGACCCGACCACGUCCAAUACAGCUGAGGCCGCUUCCAGCGGCUCCCAUUUAUCUGCGAGCACCCUUGCAGGAAUCAUUGUAGGCGUCCUACUCCUCACCGUCCUCGUUGUCUUCUGCCUUCUACGCCGACGUUCUAAAGCUCGCCGCGCGCAGAGGAGGUCUCAGUGGUUUGCUGAUCGCCAGCCUGUCGAAUCGACUCGCGCCGCCACGCGUAUAUCUGCGCGCAGCAGCUUCGGAACUCCUUUCGAGCAGCGAUUUUCCUUCAACUCUCCACCAGAUAGUACGGUGCCUGGCUCUCCAUCGGCCGCACCCUUAGUCGCGGGCUCGGAACGAGUCUUUUCACCCAUGGCACAAUACGCUCCGGUCGCAGUCAUGGUAUCUCCAACAUAUACCACGUCUACCAGAGAUAUGGACGGUCAUCAUAGGGCAUCCGUGUUCACUGUUGCUAGCACCAUGUCUUCCUCCAGCACGAACUCAGGCGACGAUCCGGAGUCGCAAUACUUGUCUAUCCCAGCUCCCGCCGUCAUCGCGCCAAACCAGACCAAUCUCAUCGGCGUAGAGAUCCCAACGACGCCGAUGUCCGUGCGACCCUUCUCUCCGAGCGAAUCCUUUGCUUUCCCGAAACCCCCAGGGCUGUUACGACAAUCUUUACAGGACAUGCAAGAUCCGUUCGGUGACAAUUCAUCCUACAACAUCUCGCGUGUCUCGAUCGCCGCCACGGCGCCUCGCUCUUCGCACCCUCCUUCUAUCAGCUCCGCUCAAAACCCUUUCGCUGACAGCGCAAGCGUCGACACAGGCCCCUCCCCAAUUUCUGACAUCGUACCCGGCAUCCCGCACAAGAUCUUCCGGCCUUUCGCUCCUACCCUCGUUGACGAGCUGGCAGUGGAAGUGGGCGAAGAGGUGCUUGUCCUGCAAGCAUUCGAUGAUGGGUGGGCACAAGUGAGGAAGGGGGAGAGGGGGCCUAAGGGGCUGGUUCCUCUCGACUGCUUCAGGGAACACGGGGAGAACAUCCCAGCUUUCCUGGCUUCGAAGAGAGUCAGCAGCUUUUUCGUGGAAGCUCUAUGAUCUGACUUCGCUACGCGCCGACUACGCCCUCCAAUCGUUCGUUGAACGUUGACCAUGUUUUUAUUCCCCACCAUUGUCCUUGUUUUCUAGGUUUCCGGACUGCGCCCUCCAAAAUGUGCCCUUAUCAUCGUGUGGUCUACUUUUGCGUGUUUCGAUAGUGGUGUGGAGGGGGUGCAUAGGAUCUAUUGGAUAGGAAGGAACUGUGUGCAGAUUUAUACGCUAUGUAUCUUUUCCUUCGCUCCGUGUUUUCAGUGGUGUGUCACAUUGCUUUCGUGCGGACUAGCAUACGUACAUAUAUAUACCAUUCGGCCGUUGGCUUC